AUAUCAUGAGAUCUUACCCCAUAUGAGACUGAUUAAUCAUUAAAUAUCAUGAUGUAUGGUGCAACCAAAUGCGCACAUAUGGAUUGAAAAUAAUCUUGAUAACUAACAAAUCAUGGUCUCUGAUACAGAAUUACGGUUAACUAAGUUGAGAUGAACUUGUUUUUAUGUGGUAACCAAACAAGCCCGUAAAAGAUGUUUUAUAAUGUGUUUGUCGGGAAAGGAGAUUGGGUUCUUUUAGGACACUUCCCAGUUUUGGGUAUGUUUGGGAGCCACUAUAAAGGUUAGUGAGUGGGCUGCUUUUCCGCCCGACUUGACAUCAGUCAUGUUUCGCGUCGCAGCUGAAACGUGAUGGAUUGUUUUAGGACCAAAGAGGCAGAAAACCUGUGGCCCGCCAACUGCGGUUCUGGUUCAAUUGCUAUUGAAAUGAGAGGUGAGAAAGCCAACAACCAGUCUGCCAAAACAUUUGGCUGAAGUAAUCUUUGCUGCUCAUGAAAAUUAAAAUGGGGAAACUGAAGAAUUGUGGGGCCCUGCAUUUGCUGAGGCGUAACAUGUGGUUCAGGUGGGCCCCAUCAAUCUUACGGCUCGGAACUGUUUAUUGGUCUUGUAUUUUUGUAGAAAAGAUGGAUGGGAGAGCAACUGGUGCUUGUCAUCAUGCUCAGCAAAAGAGAAUGAACAUCUUCGUCGUUACCGAAGUGGGCAGGCUGCUUGUGGUGGUGGGCCCGACGGAAACCGUUCUCGAAGUAAAGCAACGGCUAGAACUCAUCUUAGGCGUACCGACCGCUAGCCAGGCACUCUCCAUCUAUGGCAUUGAGUUGAUAGACGGGUUCGAGCUAGAAUUUUACGACGUUUAUGAAGGAAUGCAAAUCGAUCUAGACGUUGCACCAGAAGGGAUGUACAAAUUCCAAAUCUGCAUUAAGAUAUCGACGAGGCAGAUUUCUUUAGAGGUGAAAGGUUUGGACACUGUGGCCUACUUGAAGGAGAGAAUUCAAAUAGAGGAUGGGACACCGAUCGAACGGUUGACACUUUUCUAUUCAGGCACAAAAAUGGAAGAUGCGCGAUGUCUUGGGGAUUAUGGGAUAGUAGAACAUUCAGAAAUCAUUGCCAUCAUCAAGCCAAUUCCACGAUUGAAGGCGGUGCCACCUCCCCGACGGUUGAGAUUCGUCGUGCAGACUACGAGCUCAUUCAAUUCAAUGAACAUUCCAGUAGAGAUGAAUGAUAGUAGCAGUGUUAGUGAAGUGAGGCAAGUGUUGUUGGGCCGAGGCCUACUUCCACCUGACGAUUAUUUCUUCAUUCAUAAACAACGGAUCAUGAAAGACGAUCAGAGCCUCCGGCGGCACGGUGUCAGAAAUGGCGAUUCGCUCCAUGUGUUCAAUGGGACAGUAAGCAACGGCCGUGAUUAAACGAUUGCAAAUGCUAGGAAAACAUUUAUGCAUUGUUAUAAUGACACAUGACUGUUGGUAUGAUGGGCCGAAAAGAAUUUCUAGUUUGAAUGGUCACCUCAUCCAAGAUGACCC